GGCAUGCAACUCGGCCGGACGAAGAUCUCGGCGAACUACCGCCCCUCACCUUCCUUCCUAGACUUCGAGUCGGCGAUGAUGGACACCCUCCUGUGGGUACGAUUUGCCCAAGCCCUUGCCUUGAACUGCCUUGAACCCCGCGGCCCGAAAGUGACGCCAAGUCGGGACGAACAAACAAGAUUUUUGUCUGUGAGCCGCGGUUGAAGCUGGCCCCACCAGACUCCUGCUCAACAUUCCACAUUCUCGCUCGUCCCACUGGUUUGGCGCUGUGAGAGGCUGUCAACGCUUACGAAGCAUGCGGGCUGCAAGGGCUGGGCUGCUCGAUGGGUUGCCAUGUCCGCGGGACGUUGCAUGGCCCAUUUUAUCUUUUAUCGUGCGACAGGCUCCGUUGCGGGAGAUACUGACACUUUUUGGUUCCCGCCGUGGCGAAACCAUCAAUUCGCAAGCAACUCCCUGCCGGCGAACCAACCGCACCAAGACUGACGAAUCUCACAGCCUUCCAUACGCGCAACAGCCUUCCGUUUUGAGGUGCCAGACUUGCACGUGCAAAACCGAUGCAUUCCAGGGCCUGGGUCCUUGGCGUACAUACAUACCAACUCGAACCGGCGGCAUGUCAACUCAACUUCGGUGUCGACUCGGAGCCGGCCGAGUGCAUGGAGCAUGGCGAGUUCCUCGACUGCAUCAGGGCAUCACUCUUAUAAUACCCGAAUACAAAUUCCUCGUUCUGCGUUGCAUCAAGGGUGUUUUGUUCGUGGACAAAUCCAUCCAAUCGCCUUCAUGGCUACCAGGGUCGGAGAGAGGGCCCGUUUUCGUCAAAUCCCGCGCGACCCAACAACUCACCCCCGUCAUGUCAAACGCCCGCAAACGCCCCGCCUCGGCCCACGGCGAAGCGGGUCAGGAUCUCCAUCCGCGGCUUUCACAUGAGGAGUCCUCCGACCGUCUUGGCCAUUCACCAUCUCUCAACGGUUGCAACGAACGAGGUUGGCCCGUGACAGCUCCGCCCGAGAGAAGGGCCGGUGGUAUCUCGCAAGAUCAAAAUUGUGACUGGUAGCAGCAUGCCCCGUCUUGGGCAAGGCCCUAAUUUCAAUGCGUCUGCUGCACGCUCUGCACCGCCAGUAAGGGCCCGAUCUGCCAAGGACUCCCUGCUGUGACAUGUCAACGUGGUUUCCAUGCACUUGGGACCUGGGGUCGGCAUCCGGCUCAUGUUUGGCGGGUCGGCUGCGGUA